UGAAAAGAACUAAAGCCAAAUAUGUAUGAUUUUGGCCCUGUAUAUCCGUAAAAAUCAAACUUCAUUAUUUUGAAGCCAAUUUGUUGUCAGUUACUCAUGACACAUUUGUCUUUACAUUUCCGCCUCGAAAAUUUUUCGGGAAACACCACGGACGCUUUUAUAUGAGCUAAAACCGGACACGGUAUGGUAAAAUCGGCCAAUUUUUACAGAUACGCUCAGUUAUUUUUAUUGAUUUCAUAUAGGCGCCAACCUUAAACCAAAAUAAAAUUUUACAUAGAGAUACAUUGAUGAAAAUCGAAUAAUAAUUAAUCGGUUUUGUGUUGGUUUAAGUGUGGCGCCAUACUUUAUUUAACUAUUUUUGAAUACAUUGACGCAAUCCGGAUUUGCGUUUUAUACUUGUUAAGACAAUAUUAAUUGAAUUUAUCCCCCAUUUCAAAUAGUUAAACUCUUGGAUAUCGUAGAAUUCUUGUGUUUUAACGUAAAAAUAAAAAUUCGAAUCUCUUAUUCGCAUUGAUUCCGACGAACGAGUUACCACAUUAAAAAGGGAUUUUCCAGUAUGCUAAAAAUAGAUAUUCACUGUCAACACAACGAUGGAUCUGUCAAACCAACAACCUAUUACCCCCUGAAAACAAGAUGUGAAAUUAUGAGAUAUUGGCGUGAUAAUGCCAGGACACAAAACGGAGUACUUCAAUUGUGUUUUGUGUUCAAAACGAACAAAACCUAAGGAAAGACGCCACAUCGACAAAAGCAUAAGAAAAUAUCUGAAGAAAAAAUUUCUGUUGGAAGGAAAAGAAAAUUCAGUCAUCUGCAGUAAGUGUAGGAACAUAUAUUACAGAGAAAAGUCAUGCCAUAAACCCACUGAAACUCAACAAUCUGUGAGUUCAUCUUCUCAAACAAGUGACAGCAGACAGUUAUCUAGUCCACCUUCAGUAUCCUUGCAACUUCUUUCCACAGCAAAGACUCAUGCAUAUUGCAUUGUUUGUAAAAAGCCUGGACCAAAACUUGUUGUUAUAUCCCCAGAGUGUCGCACAGCCGUGUUUAUUCAACACAAUGUUUUGAUUCCAUCUGGAAAUAGAUGCUGUCCCGCACAUGUGAAAGAUGGACUUUUAACAAGUGCAGCCAUAGAACAACUUCCAACAACAGAUCAUGCAUUUGUCAACAGAACCGCCAUCCUUAGUUUACUGCAGCACAUGCGCGUUCUAUGCCAAAGAAAUGAACAAACCCAUCUUGACUUUGAUGAUCUACAAACUCUUACAGAUUCUGAUUGUCUAUCUCUGCUUGGACUUAGUAUGGACAAUUUCCAAACUCUUUGUGACUGUUUGAAAGAUCAUGUUAAACAGACACCAUCUAGAAGUUUAGGAAAAUCUACAGCCAUAUUUUUAUGCAAGUUGAAAUCUGGAUUAUCAAAUCAAAUACUGUCAACUUUAUUUCGUACUUCAAAAUCCAGUUUAAGAAGAGCAAUCAGUGCUGUUAGAAAUGCGAUGAUGACUUGUUUUGUCCCAUAUAAUCUUGGAUUUGAACACAUCACAAGAGAAGAUGUAAUCAACGACCACACUCGCCAUCUAGCCCAAACAUUGUUUGGCGACAUAGACAAGAGUCAGGCCAUACUGGUUUUAGAUGGAACCUAUAUAUACACCGCCAAGAGCAACAACUUCAGAUACCAACGCCGCUCUUACAGCAUCCACAAAGGAAGGUCGCUCAUCAAACCCAUGGUAAUCGUGACAACCACAGGCUAUUUUGUCUCGAUUCAAGGACCAUACCUAGCAGACCAUAAAAACAACGAUGCGUCAAUCCUUGAACAUAUCAUGAAAACAAAUGCAGAGGACAUCAAGAAUUGGCUAAGUGAAGACGACAUUUUCAUCGUUGACAGAGGAUUUAGAGAUGCUUUGCCCCUGCUUGAAGAUUUAGGCAUUCAAGCAGAAAUGCCUCGAUUUUUAGAGAAGGGACAAAAACAGAUGAGCACUAGUGAUGCCAAUAAGAGCAGACUUGUUACAAAGAUAAGAUGGGUAGUUGAGUCAUCCAAUGCCAGAAUCAAAAGGUGGCGAUAUUUGGACCGUACCCUCCCUACAAAUCAGAUCCCUUUCGUUGGAGAUUAUGUCAGAAUUGUAUGCGCCCUGUCAAAUAAGUUCUUCCCACCUCUGAGCAAAAGUCACAGUAUAGAGGAAGACGAGGCAGACGCAGCAAAAAUGCUUUAUCUGUCUAAACAGGUAAAUAAUCUCCAACGAUUGGUUGAAGAUAAUGGUCUAAACAGAAGGCCAACUCAGUGGCAGCCAGUCCCCGAGUGUGGAAUAGAGAACUUCCCCACCCUGGACGAGGAGCAGUUACGGAACUUGACUUGCGGGACCUAUCAACUGAAGCUUUCUCGCAGCUAUAUCCAAGAGCAUAUUGAUGGGGACUGUGACAUUUGGUUCCAUAAGGAUAAUGACAGGCUACUGCGGGUAAAGAUUCAGAGUCGCCACACAUCAUCAAAACAGUACUUGGUCUGUAUUGAGUUCUCUGACUGUUCGGUAGAUGCAUGGUACUGUACAUGCAGGGCAGGUGCCAGAGUAGUGGGUAUGUGCUCCCAUAUAGCGGCCAUCAUUUGGUACCUGUCAAAAGGAAGACAUGAGGGAGGGAAGUACGGUGUGCGUGAUUGGGGUGAGCAUGUUCUUGAUGCAGCAGACAUUCCACCUCCCGUUGAUGAGUCUGACAGUGAUGCGAGCAGUUGUGACAGUGUACCCGAGGAAUGAACAGUUACUGGUUGUGGUAGUUAAUAUCAUAAUUGUCUUAGCCAUAUUACCAUUGCUCUGUAUAUAUAAGAUGAAACUGUUAAGUUACCGACAGUUCGUAUUUUGAUCUUUUAAUUACUUGUUCUUGUUUGUGUGAGUUUUUGUUGUUGUUGUUGUUUUGAGGAUAUUAAUUAUAUAAUGUUUAGAAUUCCAUUGUAUUGAAAUGCUGUACAUGUAGUAGUAUGAUGAAUUUGAGAGAGAAAGAGAGAGAGAGAGAGAGAGAGAGAGAGAGAGAGAGA